UAGUGCCGCGAAGUGUGGCGUUUUGUGGUCAUUUGUCCAUGUGAUUUAAUGGUUCUUAAAGUGAAAAAAUUAAGAUUUUUUUUUAAAUUCUCAAUAGUAGAAAAAAAUACGCCUGUGUCCACUCGGAGUACAAUGGGGUUCAGUCAAUGGAUUGGUUUGGUGCUAUUAAUGAGUUCAAUGUUGACUGUAGAAGUGUGUGAUGGGGCUAGAAUUUUGGCGAUAUUUCCUUCUCCGGCCAAAAGUCACCAGAUCGUAUUUCGCGCCGUCGUAAAAGGACUCCUUGAGAGGGGUCACCAUGUGCUAAUGAUGACGACAGAUCCGUUCGAGACGACCAAUCCAAAUGUGACUCAAAUUAAUUGGAACUAUGCCCACAAAAUAGUGGAAGAUAAUUUCGAUGUCGCACAGAUGCGUCAAAAUAAGUGUAAUUCGCUUCAGGUGGCCAGUCAGCUGCUGGUGGUAACAAAAAAGUUUAUUGAAGCCGAGCUUGCUCAUCCGGAAGUGCAAUCCUUGAUCGAGAAUGCUCACGAAGAACACUUUGACGUGCUGUUGGUGGAAUAUUUUCAAAUGACUCCCUUCUUCGCGUUUUCGGAACUGUUCAACAUCCCCAUGGUUGGAAUCACAUCGAUUGAUUCCAUAGCUUUAGCUCAUGAAGUUAUUGGAAAUGUGAAGAAUGUUGUGGCGCAUCCCGAAAUGAAUCAUAAAUUUUCCAAGUCUCUCAAUUUCUUCGAAAGAUUAGAAGCAGUCAUAACGAGCCUUUUCGUCGAUCAAUAUUUCAUACCAAGUGAAUUUGAAAAGUAUGAUAAAAUUAUUGAACAAAAUUUUGGAAGCAAUAUGUCAAAAUCGGUGAAUCUGAUGAAUCGAAUCGAUUUCCUCCUAUCAAAUGUGGAACCAGCGUUGGGAUUUGUGAGGCCGAUUGUUCCACAAGCAGUUCAAUUAGGGUUUCUUCAUAUCGAACCUGCGAAGCCCCUGCCAGCUGAUCUACAACGCUUCCUGGAUAAUUCGCGGCAUGGGGUGAUUUACUUCAGCCUGGGAACCCUUAUCAGAAGUGGAUCAAUCAAUGCAAAAAAUAGUAAAAUUUUCAUGGACACUUUCAAAUCGUUGAAGUAUGACAUUCUGUGGAAGUGUGAUAACGAAGUGGAUUUAAAUGGAACCAGCAACAUUCGGAUAGAUCGGUGGCUCCCCCAACAGGAUCUACUUGCUCAUCCCAAUGUGAAGCUGUUCGUAACGCAGGGUGGUCAGCAGUCGAUGGAGGAAGCGGUGGAUCGCCACGUUCCGAUGGUUGUCAUUCCUUUUAAUUUCGAUCAAUUCGGCAACAGCGACAAAGUGGUUGAGCUCGGGAUUGGAAAAUCAAUCUGGAUGGAGCGACUCACAACCGAUGGGCUCCGGCAAGCGAUUAUAGAGGUUAUCAGCAAUAAGAAAUACAAGCGCAACAUCGAACGCCUCGGAAAACUGGUCCGGGAUCAACCGAUGCGUCCUGUCGAGAAAGCAGUCUGGUGGAUCGAAUACGUCAUCCGGCACCAGGGAGCGUCCCACUUGCGCUACAAGCCGGCCCAGAUGCCAGUUUGGCAAUAUCACUACUACGACGUGGUGGCCUUCCUGCUGUUAGUAGGUCUGGUCUUGCUGGCCCUGGUCGCCAUUGUCACGAGACGGUUCUUCCGGUGGCUUUUCGGUCGCCAACGAUGGUGGUCAUUCCAGCGAAAGCAGAAAAUUCUCUAGGACCGACCAUGGUUGAGUGUGUGCGAAUGUUUGUGAAUGCGAAUAGUUUCGUUUGUAGUUCAUGGGUUUAAAUGUCACCCAAUUGACGGUAGCCAGCCAGCGACCAUCCAGUGAUGUACAGUGGAAUAGACAGAUUCCAUCAACUGCCGCUUGAUGGAAUCCGAUCAACUAGAGACAGGCAGGUUUACGGCAAGUAGAGACCAACCUUGAGGUUAGGAACGAAAAAAAAACCAAAAGAAAAAAAAGCCCAAGUACAUUCGGUGGAUGCAAUGGAUCUACGUACUAUCAUGAAUGUCUCUGCCAGUUGCUGAUGGCCACUUAGCCACCAUGACCUCCAGCGAGAAAGAAUCAACGAGAUGCGAACGAGUUUAGCGUAUAGUCAACGACCAAAAAAAAGUCGGAUGAUGGCUUUUGUGUGCUUUUACUAUUUAAGACGUCUAAGAUUAAUGUUUAUUUAAGACAUUCACAUGGUACAUGGUACUGUUCCUCAGUCAGUCAGUCAGUCAGUCAAUCAGUCAAGCACCUCGUGCUUCAUUCAUUCUUAAUCUCCACGCGUUAGGAGACCAUUCAUGAAUUAUGACUUACACUACAUAAGUCAUCACUGCUGCAUAUGCUUAGUAUUUGGGAAACAGCCAAUAGUCUCCGCAGGAUGAGACUAUUUGAGAACUGUUCGGAACCACUUGUUGUAUCGGUUGCAGUUAUUAAAUAACUAUUGAAACUACAUUUUUGGUGUAGCUGUUAAAAGUAAGUGAAAGAAAUCAAAAUAAA